AUGGCGGAAUUCGUCGGCCUGCAGAUGAUAGUCACGCUGCACGGUGACCCGCCGGGACGUCUCAAAGGAACCGUCAGCGCUGUCGAGGCUGGUGCGGGCCUGACACUCAGCAAUGUCUGGAUACUCGAUACCAACGAGUGGAAGCCGCGCAUGACAAUCGCCUCAGCGGACAUCGCCGAUAUCUCGGAAGUCCCCGCUGCUCCUCCCACAAACGUCGUCCCUACGGUCCAGCCAAGUAUGCCUCCCCCGGCGGCGGCACCCGUUCCUCAGAAGCUUCCACAGGCCGUGUUCGUGGACCCAGCAAUUGUCGCUGUCGGCAAACCUCCCUUGGCUACCUCAUUGAGUCGCGCGACAGAACCUCAUCCUCAACCCAAUACGAGCGAGAAGCGGGAUCCGGAGCUUGUCCUUACUGUCCCGGUCCUAGUUCCGGAUACUUCUUCCGAGGUUACACCUACAAACGUAGUCGCCGCAGCCGCAUCUUUGAAGGGGUUGAAGCUUGAUCACGGCAAUGUACCUGUGGCACCCGCCGAAGAGAAAGAGGGUCCCGAGAUCCCUCUCGAUUACGGGGAGGUGGUCGGGCAGAAGAAAAAGCGACGAGCGCGGAAGCCCGGGAAUGCCAAGGCAGCGGCACAGGAGGACUAUGAGGCCUCACCCGCCGCUUCUACGAAAACGGCGGGCAGGGGUAAGGGCUGGAGGCAGACACCUAUUCUGCAAAGCACGCCAUCUUUCCAACCAUUCAACUCAUUGAAGCGGCAUGGCAAGGGCCGGAAGCUUCCUGAUAACGGUUGGGCCUCUGAGGACGCCACCGACGUUCAGGAGAUGGGCGACUUCGACUUUGAGGGCAGUCUGGCCAAGUUCGACAAGCAGAAUCUAUUUGCGCAGAUGAGGAAAGACGAUCAGGUUAGCGAGGCCGAGCGCUUGGUGUCGCAUAAUCGCGUACCCCGUCCGAAACCCGGAACUGCGGGCGGGAAGAAUCUGCACUACUCUGAGAAUGUGCUGGAUAUGCCUUCCACGAUCCUCAAACCGCCGAAAGAUAGACCGACAUCGUCAAAGGAGACCCCCAACGAUUUCUGGAACAGUGAAGCCGACGACGGGGUGCCAAACAGCGAGCGGCUAAGUAAUAGAGACCUAGCCAUGUCUAGCAGGCAGAGCUCGCGGCGUGGCGAGAGCAAGGGCACAGCCAGCCGACGCUCGCAGUCACGCAAGGCCACCGCCGAGAUGGCCAGGACAGGAUCUGGCCCAAGGAGAGCCGAUUCUGGUGUAAGCCACUACCACAGCCCAUCCGUUAAAGGGAGCCGGCCGAGUAGUCGACUUUCGUCGCGCACUGCGACGGCUGACAAGAGGAAGCAGCUUCCGACGUCGGCGGCGGCUCCGCAGGGCCUCUACGCGCUGCCAUCAAACCGGCGGAUCGAGACCGUCUCGGCGCUGCAGAUGUUUAACCUCGAGAACAUAGCUCACAACGAGAUCGGGCUAACGGAGGAGAUGAUGACGGAGAAUGCCGGCCGCGGAAUCGCCGAGGUGACCCUCGCCGCGCUGUCGGACCCAGCCAUCAAAGUGCGUCACGCAGGCACCGUCGAUCUGACGACGGGCAGCCCAGCGCCUCUGACGGUGGUCGUCCUGGCCGGCAACAACAAGUCCGGGAGCCGGGCUGUCGCGGCUGCCAGGCAUUUGCGCAACAAGGGGAUUAACGUGCUCGUGUGCGUGGUCGGCCUCGAGCGCGGCGAGCGCGACCUGCUCGAGGACGUGCAGCAACAGGUGCGACUGUACCGCAACCUCGGCGGCCGCGUCUUCACCAAGAGCGACUUCUUCGAGCACAUCCGCAAGAUCAGCAUCCCGAUGCUGACCAUCGACACGCCGCGCACCUCGCUUAGCAGCCUCGCCAACCCGGCGCCCGUCAUGCUCAUCAUCGACGCCCUCCUCGGCCUGGCCAUCUCGUUCGAGGAGCUCCGGAACGGCGACCAGGCGACCGUCUACGAACUGAUCGAAUGGGCAAACCGUAACGAGGCGUUCGUGCUAGCGCUGGACGUGCCGAGCGGUGUCGAUCCGACGUCGGGCAAGGUCAGCGUUGUCGACGGCAACCGGUUGUACGUCAAGCCGCGGUAUGUGGUAGCCAUUGGCGCACCGAAACGGGGGCUGCUGGAGGCCAUGAUUGCGGCGGAAAAUGACGAUGGCGAUACCAUCCUUGCCGGCGAGGCGCCGGUGCCGGACGAUUCGGUCUUGGAGUGGAAACUGUAUCUGGCGGAUAUGGGGCUGGGGCAGGCGGUGUGGAAGAAGGCCGGGACCAAGUUGCGGAGGGGCGUCGAUUUUGCUGACAAGUGGGUGUUGGAGAUGAAGUAUAGAGGGAUCCCGAGUGAAGGGGAGGAGGAGGAACUGGUAUGA